GUGCUGCGUGUCGGAGCCCAUCGCCGCACCUCGGAGCGAGCUUCCCCCACCUGAACUCUGCUGGAGGGGUCGGGGGGGCUGCAGGCAGCGGCUCCGGUGGGUUGGAGCUGUGCGAUGCCUCGAAAUCGCCCACGGUGCUGGUGCAGAGCUGGCUUCCUCUUCAUCUCUGCAGCUGCUGGAGGAUCUCUGUGGGUUUGGCCUCUCCUGUCGGGGCAGGCUGGCUCUGUCUCGCGGCAGCCUUUGCCCUGGGAUGGGGUUGGUUUCGUGGCACGGCUCGGGAGAUUUGGCUGUGGUUUUUCUUUCUGCGGGGAAUGGCGCUGUGAUGAAGGCUCGCAGGGUGAGGCAGAGCCUGCCUGGACUUCCCCUGUGUUUAACCAGAGCUGGAUGGCUGCCUCUGCCAGCUGCUGCCAGCUCCAGCACCCAGAUCCGUGGGGCACAUGUGGGGCUGGGAGGAAAUAAAGCGGCAGCUGCGUGGCUGGGGGGGUCCGGCCGUGGCUGGGGUUCCCUCGGUCUGCAUCCACAGGGAGGGGGACACGGUGUGGGCAGGGAGCAACCCUACAGCCCGCUGCUGAGCCGUCCCUGCAGUGCCGCAGUGCAUCCUGCUGACGGUGCUUUCCCCUUGACCAAAGUCUCUGUGAGUCACUCCGCUCGAUCCUCUUAGUCCGUAAAGCUGCUGUUCCACUCUGUGUUGUCCCCUGGGGGGAAAGGGGGGGUGGGAGAGGGCAGUGGGGGCCCCCAGCGUUUCCUACUCUGCUCCAACCAACCCAGAACCCCGUGGGGGGUCUUUGUGGGGACGUAACUUUGGGUCACCCAACGUGUGCCAUCGCGCAGCUUCCCGCCUUGCCUUCUUCACCCCAUGCAGCACUGCUGGGCUCUGGGUACCACUGCACCCCACGGAUGCAGGGGAUGGGGCAGAGAUGUGGGACGUGGGACGCAGAUGUGCUGCCUCCCCGUUGCGAGGCAAUGGGCUCCUUAUCAGCACAAAGAUAGGAGUGCUGAGCAGCGAUUGCUGCCGUGUUUGCCCCCGGUUAUCGCACAGCUCCAACCCUUGCUCUCUGCCUCCAACCCUCCCAUUUUUGCAUCGUGCUGAGCGAGCAGGAGAGGUGCCAAAUUUUUUGCCUCUCCUCCUCAUUCCUCCUGAAAAAAAAAAAAAAAAAAAAAAAAUCAACAAAAAAACCCCAAGCCUCAGCUCCUUCAAACGCUUUUUAAGUCCGAGUUGGAACCAAUCUGGCAUUUUUGUGGCUGGGAUCUGGCGUGGGCGCAGCAGAGCCGGGAUGUUGAGGAGGCGCUGAGCCUCGCACCUCCAGCCCUGCGGGGGGGGGGGGGGGGGGGGAAGGGUUUGGGUUGUUCCAGAGGUUCUGCGGCUGCUUCUUGCCCCCCUCCCCCCGACCCGCAGCCCUGUUUUGAGCGGCUCUGAGCACUGCAGCGUGUUUCACACCAUCUGCUCCAAGCAUUCGGGGCCAGAAUGCGGGGAUUUAGGCAGCGGCGGGGGGAGCGAGCCCGCCCUACCCCACUCCUCCUUUACGGGGAUUCCCUGCGGCCCGUUCCCCCUCGUGCAGGGACGCCCAUCCCCUGCAGCACUGCCCCAGUGCAGGGACAGUGGGGACACGAGGACCCCGAUGCCGCUUGUCCCCUGCGUCCCCCCACGCAGCGACAGCCAGCGAUGGCCCACCCUGGGGUCCCUGUGCCACGACACCUGCUGCAGUCCCCCCCUGAGGAGGAUGGGGUGCUGUAUGUGGAGUACAAACCCCCGGCCCUGGACAGCAUCCGCCUGCCCCGCUACGCGCUCUACCUGCUGAUGGCCAUCUCCCUGGUGCUGGUGGUGACGUACGCCAUCGUGGGGCACCUCAUCAAGGACCUGGUGCACGACUUUGCCGAUUGGGCAUUCGGACCCAAAGCGGAGGAGAAGGCAGUGAUGGGUGAGGGGAGCACGCCCGAGGCGGAGGAUGGGGCUCAGGGUGAAGGUGUUGGGGCGCUGCCGGGCAUGGAGGCCCCAUCGCCGCUGCUCUGCGCCGCCCCACGCAGCUCCAUCUCCUUCGUGGAUCCCCACAAGAAGUGGUUUUUCUAGGGGCACAGGGGCUGCACCCACUGCUGGCCCUCCGUCCCCAUCCCCACCGUUUCUGUGUGUGCACCUCAGGGCUGCUAUCGCGCCGCACCCCAAUAAAUCCACGCUGUGCCCUUGGGGACCCCGACCUUCGCACGGGAACGCACCUGGGAAUGGGGCAGACAUGAGGACAUGAGGCAGACACGUGGACUCGGAUGGGGGCUCAGAUACUUGGACCCAGGUGUGGGUGUCGAUGGGGUGGUGCUCCGUGGGUGCCCCCAAGAUGGGUUUGGUGGGGACAAAGCGCCCCCGAGCCCCACUGUGCUGCAGGAGGGGGCACAGACCCCCCUCACACUGGGACAGGGCGACCAUCCCCAGGCUCCACACUCACCCCAUGGGCG